AGAGUUAAACAGUGAAUAAAACCAAUGUUUUGAUAUAUUGUAUGAAAAUAUUAUUAAUUGAUUUGAUUAUUGUUUUUUAAAAUAUUGUUUAUUAACUAUCGAUUGCAACAAAAUGCUAAUCAAACAGAUAUUGUCAUCACUUCGACCAUUGAAUACAUGUCUAAACUAUAGUCAGAUGCGAUCAGUAAUGAUAUUGAAGCGAAAAGUACGACCACUUUAUGGCCAGCGAUUGAAGAACCCAUACAUAGUGGGGCCCCUCUUCAAUGAUAUACUACAUUAUAAAGAGCCCCGAGAGGUGACUGACAUGAUAUAUGAUGAGGUGGAGGACACAGAUGACCAAUCAUUAGGCAAAAUGAAAGUGAUUCUUAUGGAUCACAUCGAAGAACUGGGAGUUGCCGGCGAUGUGGUUGAAGUGGACGCCUCUUACGCCAGGUUUCACUUACUGUCCGCAAGAAAAGCCGUAUAUUAUUGCGAUUAUAAUCUUAACAAAUAUAAGGAUUUGAUUGAAUCGGGAGCUGAAGGAAGAGUUGGCCCGUCUUCAGCAUUCGUGUUAACCACUGUUCGCCAAUUGGCCAAAGAGUGUAUAUUAGUUGAAAUGAAUGAUAAACACGAAUGGCUGAUCCAGAAGAGACACAUUAGGAUUGCGUUUAGGAAAACUGGUUAUACUGUGCCCGAAGAGGCCAUACAAUUACCAGAAAUACCUAUCACUGGUCCGGACAUAGAAGGAAAAGAGGGCAAAGAUUUUGCGGUUCAUAUAGUAAUCAAUAAUCAGGAAACAGUUGCCGUCAGAUGUAUGGUUCAUCAUUUGGGUCAAGAAUUGGCCAUCAAUUGGAUGCGAGCGCCGAGGUUUGUCUUAUUGCCUGAACAACAGUCACAACUGUUGGCACAAAUGCCUGUCCUUCCGAUGCUUGAAGAAGACAAACAAUUAGAAGAAGAAUACAUCUCUUAAAUAUUUAUCAC